AGCCGAGUUGGUUUUUCUUUAGGAAAGGAACAGAGUAUUUCAGUAUUUUGGGGUUUUUUUUUUAGAGAACUGUGCGCGAGGAAACAAAUCCAGAGAAUGUCAGCUUGCUUAGUACAUCCCUUCGGAUAGACUCUGAACAUCAUUUGAGACGCCGGUGGCAAGUCUCUUCCCGACCAAGAAAAUAGAAAAGAAAGUAAAAUUAAAAAAAAAAAAUCUUUGCAUCUCCAAGGCGACGAGAUGGCUGCCUCGGGUCUCCCGCGCGCCGGGAUGACGUCACCGGCGAGGCCGUCUGACGUCGGCGCGUCCUGCCGCCAUCUUUGUCGCUGGCACAGCGGGCUUGGCGCAGCGGCCGAGACCUGGAAGAGGAGCCGUGACGUGCGGGAAACCAUUACAACAUCACUGAGGCCGCGCUCUCCGGCCGCCGCCGCCGCCCCCGCCCUUGCCUCCGGUGCACAUUAAAGAGCCAACACCAUGACUGACUCCAAGUACUUCACAACCAAUAAAAAAGGAGAAAUCUUUGAAUUAAAGGCUGAACUCAACAAUGAAAAGAAAGAAAAGCGGAAGGAGGCUGUGAAAAAAGUGAUUGCUGCUAUGACUGUGGGGAAGGAUGUCAGCUCUCUCUUUCCAGAUGUAGUGAACUGUAUGCAGACUGACAACCUGGAACUAAAGAAGCUGGUGUAUCUCUACUUGAUGAACUAUGCCAAGAGUCAGCCAGACAUGGCCAUUAUGGCUGUCAACAGCUUUGUGAAGGACUGUGAAGAUCCCAAUCCUCUGAUUCGGGCCUUGGCAGUUAGAACCAUGGGAUGCAUCCGAGUGGACAAGAUCACAGAAUAUCUCUGUGAGCCCCUCCGAAAGUGCUUGAAGGAUGAAGAUCCCUAUGUUCGGAAAACAGCAGCAGUCUGCGUGGCAAAACUCCAUGAUAUCAAUGCCCAAAUGGUGGAAGAUCAGGGAUUUCUGGAUUCUCUGCGGGAUCUCAUAGCAGAUUCAAAUCCAAUGGUGGUGGCUAAUGCUGUAGCAGCAUUGUCUGAAAUCAGUGAAUCUCACCCAAACAGCAACUUACUCGAUCUGAACCCACAGAACAUUAAUAAGCUGCAGACAACCCUGAAUGAGUGUACUGAAUGGGGCCAGAUUUUCAUCCUGGACUGCCUGUCCAAUUACAACCCUAAAGAUGACCGGGAGGCUCAGAGCAUCUGUGAGCGGGUAACUCCCCGGCUCUCUCAUGCCAACUCAGCAGUGGUGCUUUCAGCAGUAAAAGUCCUAAUGAAAUUUCUAGAGUUGUUACCCAAGGACUCUGACUACUACAAUAUGCUGCUGAAGAAGUUGGCCCCUCCACUUGUCACUUUGCUGUCCGGGGAGCCAGAGGUGCAGUAUGUCGCCCUGAGGAACAUCAACCUAAUUGUUCAGAAAAGGCCUGAAAUCUUAAAGCAGGAAAUCAAAGUCUUCUUUGUGAAGUAUAAUGAUCCCAUCUAUGUUAAACUAGAGAAGCUGGACAUCAUGAUUCGUUUGGCAUCUCAAGCCAAUAUUGCUCAGGUUCUGGCAGAGCUGAAGGAAUAUGCCACGGAGGUGGAUGUUGACUUUGUUCGCAAAGCUGUGCGGGCCAUUGGUCGGUGUGCCAUCAAGGUGGAGCAAUCUGCAGAACGUUGUGUGAGCACAUUGCUUGAUCUCAUCCAAACCAAAGUAAAUUAUGUGGUCCAAGAGGCGAUAGUUGUCAUCAGGGACAUCUUCCGCAAGUAUCCCAACAAGUAUGAAAGCAUCAUUGCCACUCUGUGUGAGAACUUAGACUCGUUGGAUGAGCCAGAUGCGCGAGCAGCUAUGAUUUGGAUUGUGGGCGAAUAUGCUGAACGAAUUGACAAUGCAGAUGAAUUACUAGAGAGCUUCCUGGAGGGUUUUCAUGAUGAGAGCACCCAGGUGCAGCUCACUCUGCUUACUGCCAUAGUGAAGCUGUUUCUCAAGAAACCAUCAGAAACACAGGAGCUGGUACAGCAGGUCUUGAGUUUGGCAACACAGGAUUCUGAUAAUCCUGACCUUCGAGAUAGGGGCUAUAUUUAUUGGCGGCUUCUCUCAACCGACCCUGUCACAGCCAAAGAAGUAGUCUUGUCUGAGAAGCCACUGAUCUCUGAGGAGACAGAUCUUAUUGAGCCAACUCUUCUGGAUGAGCUAAUCUGCCACAUUGGUUCUUUGGCCUCUGUGUACCACAAGCCUCCCAAUGCUUUUGUGGAAGGGAGUCACGGAAUCCAUCGCAAACACUUGCCAAUACAUCAUGGAAGCACUGAUGCAGGUGACAGCCCUGUUGGCACCGCCACUGCCACCAACCUGGAACAGACUCAGGUUAUUCCCUCUCAAGGUGACCUUCUAGGGGACCUUUUAAACCUUGAUCUCGGUCCACCAGUCAAUGUGCCACAGGUAUCCUCCAUGCAGGUGGGAGCAGUGGAUCUCUUGGGAGGAGGACUAGAUAGUCUGCUUGGCAGUGACCUUGGCGGGGGCAUUGGAGGAAGUCCGGCAGUGGGACAAUCCUUCAUUCCAUCAUCAGUGCCUGCAACCUUUGCUCCUUCACCUACUCCUGCUGUGGUCAGCAGUGGUCUGAAUGAUCUAUUUGAACUCUCUACGGGGAUAGGCAUGGUACAUGGUGGAUAUGUGGCUCCUAAGGCUGUUUGGCUGCCUGCAGUAAAGGCCAAAGGCUUGGAGAUUUCUGGAACAUUUACUCAUCGUCAGGGGCACAUCUAUAUGGAAAUGAACUUCACCAACAAAGCUCUGCAGCAUAUGACAGACUUUGCAAUCCAGUUUAACAAGAAUAGCUUUGGCGUCAUCCCCAGCACUCCCCUGGCCAUCCAUACACCACUGAUGCCAAAUCAGAGCAUUGAUGUCUCCCUGCCUCUCAACACCUUGGGUCCAGUCAUGAAGAUGGAACCUCUGAAUAACCUACAGGUAGCUGUGAAAAACAAUAUUGAUGUCUUCUACUUCAGCUGCCUCAUCCCACUCAAUGUGCUUUUUGUAGAAGAUGGCAAAAUGGAGCGCCAGGUCUUUCUUGCAACAUGGAAGGAUAUUCCCAAUGAAAAUGAACUUCAGUUUCAGAUUAAGGAAUGCCAUUUAAAUGCUGACACUGUUUCCAGCAAGUUGCAAAACAACAACGUUUAUACUAUUGCCAAGAGGAAUGUGGAAGGGCAGGACAUGCUGUACCAAUCUCUGAAGCUCACUAAUGGCAUUUGGAUCUUGGCUGAGCUACGUAUCCAGCCUGGAAACCCCAAUUAUACGCUGUCGCUGAAGUGUAGAGCUCCUGAAGUCUCUCAGUACAUCUAUCAGGUCUACGACAGCAUUUUGAAAAACUAAUAGACUGCUCUGGUGCCCUCCGGCCACCCUGUGAUCGGUGCAAGCCAAGAACUCUUAACUAGAAGAAAUUGUUUUGCCGUGUAGAAGCUGAACCUAAAUACACUGAGGCCACCCACCAAGGUAGUGACUAGUCUAACCUGUGCUAAAUUAGGCCGCACCGUCGGAUAGUGUUAGCUUUCUGUGAACUUUGUAACCACUGCUUCAAUCACUUCCCACCUUUGCCUCCUGUUGCUGCUCUCUGUCCUUACUUGUGGGCUUCUCCAUUCUGGGCCAAUGGCUGGCAUUUUUUAGCGUAGUUUGAUAUUUUGUAAUUGAGAGUUCAUUUCAAAAGCAGAAAAAGACAAAAAAUAUUAAAGCAAGGAAAAGUGUCACUGAAACGUAAGCUGCACUUUAUUGUUUUAUAUUUUUGUACAUAAGAGAAAUGGAGGGAGCAGUGUAAUCAUUGCUACAAAGUGUAAAAACAGCUGGCCGUCAUCCCUGCAGUCCUGGAGGAAGACACAGCUACUUGCCCACCCUGUGAGGGGUUUUCUCAUCUCUGGCAACCUGGCCCCUAGUCAUUUGGAUUUUCACGUUUUUUUCCUUUCCAAGCUCCUUUUCUUUGUGAUUCCCCCUGCCCUGUAUUAUCCUCUCAUUUGAUUGCUCUGCAGUUGGGAAUAGUGGUCUUCCAUGAGUGCUGUUUUAGGUGUAGGAAUAGGGCCUGUCGGUACCAAGGCUGAGAGAAAUCAGAACUUACUACAUUCCUUUCCCCUGCUCUGACCCAUUAAUGACACUAGUAAGGAAUUUGAGUAGAGAUGGGAAACAGGAACCAAAAUGCCUUUCCCCCACCCCCUGUCCUGUAUUUGGUUUAAUUCUCAGGUCCAUUUCAGAACCAAAAGUCAUAGUUUUAGAGUUGAAACAGACUUUAAUUAAUAACUUAGCCAAUGCUGUUUUUCUAAAAAAGGAAACAGUAAAAGGCAAAGGGGGUAUUAUUGCCUGAGGCCUGUGAGCUGUUCAGUAGCAGAGCUGGGGGACUGGGUCCCCUAAAUCCCCAUCUGUGUUGUUUUCACUGCAGUGGUGUCUCGGUUUUUCUCUCCUCAAUGCCUUCUUCUUGCCUUCCUUCUCUGUGCCUGCUUCUUUAUGGCUUUUCUCAUACUCCACACUGGUUUGGGCACUUCAUUCAUUGGCAUCAGGUGGCAGCAGAGUAUCUUUUCAGUCACUUGAAGGUAAAUCCAGGUACCAGAAUGAAGGAGUAGCUAAUGUUUCCCAUAGGCUCCUGAAGCCAAAAUUCUUGAGGCCCCCAGCGUGGGUGCAGAGAUGGGGUAAGCUUGAAGAUGUCACAGAUUCCCUUGGUCCCUACAGCUCUCUGCUUUGCUCUUGACUCGUGUUCUUUAGGCUCCCAGGCAAUUGAGAUCAUCUCAGAGGGUUAAGCAGUUCUUGUCAUCUCCCAAAAGAUAGGGAGAUGUGACAUCCCCAUGCUUAUUAACACACCGGUGUGUUUGUCAAUGAAUGCCUUGGUUGCAGGUUCUCUGACCCUGGUUGGGGUGCAUGCAAGAGGCAACCCAAAACACCAGCCUGUUUAGCAGUGUUCACACCGUUUCAUCUGUGGGCACUUGUGUGGCCUGGCACUCAGGAUUCAGAGUCCACGACCAAGACUAUUUCUCAGCUGCCCCUACUUAAAUCAGAGACAUUUCAGGGUCCAAAGGCCUGAUACUGGACUCAGACCUACAAGUGAGUCCCAGUGGAGGAAACGUAGAGAAAACAAGAGCAAAGCCCAGCUGGUGUGGCUCAGUGGUUGAGCAUUGACCUAUGAACCAGGAGGUCAUGGUUCGAUUCCCGGUCAGGGUUGCGGUCAGGGUUGCGGCUGCGGGAUCCCCAGUAGAGGGGUGUGCAGGAGGCGGCCAAUCAGUGAUUCUCUAUCAUCAUUGAUGUUUCUAUCUCUCCCACUCCCUUCCUCUCUGAAAUCAAUAAAAAUAUAUUUAAAAAAAAACAAGUGCAGAAACUGUCCCCCAGCCCCCGUCCUGCCAUGUCUGAAAUGACCCCGAUUUAAACCAUUUGCAAAGCUUGGGGGAGUAGGUCUCCCAAAGCAGUUUCUUAAACCUUGAGAAUCUCCAAGAGAAAACUUGCUGGGGUGGGGAAAGGAAUUAUUUCCUGCGCCUUCCACCCCUCCGGCACAGAGAAGUAACACAGGGUUGUGUAUGGGAGGUGGAUGGGUUGGUGGUGUGUGGGUGGGAAAAACAGGUUGAUCAAGUUCCCUGGUUGGGAAAUCAUUCAUAGAGUUUGUUGGAUACAAGCAGUAAAAGUUCACAC